GCGUGGGCCGCCAUUUUGAUUAAGUGGAAUUGGUGGAGGAGAGUGGUUAGAAAAUUAAGUGCGAAAAAAUGUUUUAAAAAAUAUAAAGUGUACGGGGUGUGCGUACAUUACCCGGUCCAUUUUUAGGUUUAAUUCCUAAUAGAUGGGAGCACUAAAAUGUGGCUUAGGAGCGAAAAACGUGCCAAGAGACACUUCGUGCUCAAUUCCAAGAAAGGCAAAAAGGGCUUGAGGAGACCCUGGGGUGGAAAAUCGUCCAGAAUCAACCGCCUGUACAAGGGAUGCAUGAAAAAACACCCGAAAAAACCUACAAUCGUCGAAACAGACCAGCAGAUCGGUAGGCUUACGGAAGAAUGUAAAGAAAACUACCAAGCUCAAGUAGUGCCUGAAAUCUACGAUCAAUCCCAAGAAAAAGUCGUUGAAAAUAUACCUAGCGUUAUCCCUGACCCCAGCGAUAUAGUUAUCGAUUCCCCAGAUAAAUACUAUGAGUUUUACGCGACUACCAGCACCUACGGGAGUUCUGCUGAUGUUCUGGAGUCCGAUCUACCCAAGGAGGUUGAAUAUAGUUCUAUUCAGCUAGACGCUAACACAAACAUAAUCUCUUGCCAAGAAACAAUAACCACAGAAGAUUAUUCAAACAAAAUGCAGUUUAAUAUCACGGAAAAAAAGAGUUGCGAGUAUCAAAAAUACGGGAUGUAUACAGACAAAAUGUGUGAGUCCAUGUACUUUGAAUAUCCCCUGAAAAACGAUUUUUCUCAACUCCAAAUGGACCUCAGCGUUCUAAACAACGUAAAUCCGCAAGAUUUCACCAAUAUGCUGGACGAAGAAAUGGCCAAGGACGUCAAUAUCGCAAAUGUAGUGUACGACUAUGCCAACAUUUAUACCUGUAGCAUGCAGGACGAAAAUAUGAUCACUAGCGUCGGCUCUCAGCAGCAUGAAAGACUAGAUGCUCAGCCCGAGCACGUUGAGGUGGUCGAGGACACUUGGGAGGCGUUUGAUCCGUACUUAUUCAUCAAGCACUUGCCUCCACUGACUUUUGAAAUGAGAUCGAAAUGUCCGGCGCUGCCACUGAAGACCCGAUCAAGUCCCGAAUUCAGUUUGGUGUUGGAUUUGGAUGAAACCCUGGUCCACUGCAGCCUACAAGAACUGAGCGACGCCAGUUUCCGAUUUCCCGUACUAUUCCAGGAGUGUUCGUACACUGUGUACGUACGAACGAGGCCCUUUUUCAGGGAAUUCAUGGAAAAAGUGUCUCAAAUGUUCGAGGUGAUCCUGUUCACCGCCUCGAAACGCGUCUACGCCGACAAACUACUCAAUCUGUUGGACCCGGAGCGGAAAUGGAUCAAGUACCGCUUGUUUCGCGAACACUGUGUAUGCGUCAACGGGAAUUACAUCAAGGAUCUCUCGAUUCUGGGAAGGGACCUAUCGAAAACUAUUAUUGUCGAUAAUUCGCCUCAAGCGUUCGGAUAUCACCUGAAUAAUGGAAUUCCCAUUGAAAGUUGGUUUGUCGACAGAACUGAUUCUGAACUUAUGAAAUUACUGCCAUUCUUGGAAGAUCUUGUACAAAUGAAAGAAGACGUUAGACCUCACAUCAGAAACAAAUUCAAACUGUUCAGCUAUCUACCACCCGAUUAAAAAAACCACACAAUUUCGCGACAAUCUCUCAUUUCAGUUAUUUAUUUAUUUAACUAAAUACUCCCGUUAAAGUACUGACUAACUAAAAAAAUCGGUUGUGUUUUUCGUUAAUUUUUAUGAAAAAACGAAAAAAAAACGAGCUAAAUUAUUGAAAUUUUGGUGCCUUGAAAAUUGGGAAUUUUCUUCGAAAACUUUUGUGCAAUAUCGUAAACUUUAUGUGAUCGAAAUGGUUGUUAGACUCUGAUAAGUUCCCGAAUAGUUUUCCAGCUAAUUAUCGAAAGAUUUAAAAAAAUAUAUAACUAUUAUAAAGGGUAUCAUUGAAAUGGUGUAAAAAAAAUCAGGGGGUAAAAUA